GGAGUUUCCAGCGGCUACUACUUUCCCUUCCCCCCCCCUCGCCAUCCCGCCCACAUCAGCUGUUCAGUGGGGGAGGAUUCUGGAAAGAUCAGGGCAGAGCAGAAUCCUGUGAGGCCUGCGGGAGGGCAGGAAUUGGAAGUGCUUACUGAAUUAAAGAGUGUGCUCUCUAAGGCGAUAAGAAUCCUCGAAGAAUCCUUGUUCGGGCCAGAUUUAGGCUGCUGAUCUUUCAGCGCCUGACACAUAGUAAACACUGAAAUACUCCAAAAAAAGGGACUACUUGUGGAAAAUGAAUUUUGGUAUUACUUCACCAUCUCUUUCACCAAUUAAAAAAAAAAUUCGCUGAGUGAAUAACACUGCGCUGCAGGAGGUGAAACAGAAAGUGUCCCAGGAUCAAGACCUUUGCAGCAUCCUUCAACGGAAUAAAGAUGCGAGCUCUUAUACCAGAGCCAAACCCCGGAGACCUGAUUGAGAUUUUCCGAAUGUGCUACAAGCACUGGGCCAUCUACGUGGGUGAUGGCUAUGUGGUCCACCUGGUUCCCCCAAGCGAGUACGCCGGUGCCGGUGCCUCGAGCAUCAUGUCUGCCUUGACGGAUAAAGCCUUGGUAAAGAAGGAGCUGCUCUACGAUGUGGUUGGAAGGGACAGGUAUCGGGUCAACAACAAACACGAUACGGUUCACCAGCCGCUGCCUCCCAGCAAAAUCGUCCAGAAUGCCGAGGAGCAGGUGGGAAGAGAGGUCCUCUACAAGCUCACCAGUGAAAACUGCGAGCACUUUGUGAACGAACUGAGAUAUGGGGUGCCCAGGAGCGACCAGGUCCGAGAUGCCCUGGUGGGAGCAAGCGUGGCAGGAGCCGGCCUAGCUGUGGUGGGCCUUAUUGGUGUGAUGUUAUCAAGAAACAAACGUCAAAAUCAAUAAGAAUCAUCCUGAGAGAGUUGUGGUUUUAGAGUGUUAGUUUGCCAGAGAUUGGUUGGCUUUUCUUACAAAUUUGGAUCCAUGUAGUUACUGAAAUAAAACUGGAAAUUUUAUUAAGGAAAAAA